AUGGUAGAAUAUAGAAUGGUAGAAUUGUGGCGAAAUAUGGUAGAUCAUAGAAUGGUAGAAUUGUGGUGGAAUAUGGUAGAAUAUAGAAUGGUAGAAUUGUGGUGGAAUAUGGUAGAAUAUAGAAUGGUAGAAUUGUGGCAGAAUAUGGUAGAAUAUAGAAUGGUAGAAUUGUGGCGGGAUAUGGUAGAAUAUAGAAUGGUAGAAUUGUGGCGGGAUAUGGUAGAAUAUAGAAUGGUAGAAUUGUGGCAGAAUAUGGUAGAAUAUAGAAUGGUAGAAUUAUGGUGGAAUAUAGUAGAAUAUAGAAUGGUAGAAUUGUGGCGGAAUAUGGUAGAAUAUAGAAUGGUAGAAUUGUGGCGGGAUAUGGUAGAAUAUAGAAUGGUAGAAUUGUGGCAGAAUAUGGUAGAAUAUAGAAUGGUAGAAUUAUGGUGGAAUAUAGUAGAAUAUAGAAUGGUAGAAUUGUGGCGGGAUAUGGUAGAAUAUAGAAUGGUAGAAUUGUGGCGGGAUAUGGUAGAAUAUAGAAUGGUAGAAUUGUGGCAGAAUAUGGUAGAAUAUAGAAUGGUAGAAUUAUGGUGGAAUAUAGUAGAAUAUAGAAUGGUAGAAUUGUGGCGGGAUAUGGUAGAAUAUAGAAUGGUAGAAUUGUGGCGGGAUAUGGUAGAAUAUAGAAUGGUAGAAUUGUGGCAGAAUAUGGUAGAAUAUAGAAUGGUAGAAUUAUGGUGGAAUAUAGUAGAAUAUAGAAUGGUAGAAUUGUGGCGGAAUAUGGUAGAAUAUAGAAUGGUAGAAUUGUGGCGGGAUAUGGUAGAAUAUAGAAUGGUAGAAUUGUGGCAGAAUAUGGUAGAAUAUAGAAUGGUAGAAUUAUGGUGGAAUAUAGUAGAAUAUAGAAUGGUAGAAUUGUGGCGGGAUAUGGUAGAAUAUAGAAUGGUAGAAUUGUGGCAGAAUAUGGUAGAAUAUAGAAUGGUAGAAUUAUGGUGGAAUAUAGUAGAAUAUAGAAUGGUAGAAUUGUGGCGGAAUAUGGUAGAAUAUAGAAUGGUAGAAUUGUGGCGGGAUAUGGUAGAAUAUAGAAUGGUAGAAUUGUGGCAGAAUAUAGUAGAAUAUAGUAGGUAG